AUGCAGAUAGCAGCGAGCGUGGCGUCUCUGCUGGUCCUGGGCUCGGCCUGGACCCUCCAGGUGGCCGCCGUGCAGCCAGAGAGUCAGGCAAACUUUGAUUUGGACCAGUUUAUGGGAAGGUGGUACGAGCUGGCCGUGGUCUCUGACUGCCCUCACUACAUGCAGCACAAGAGAGAAAACCCUGUGGUUGUCGCCCUGGAGCUGCAACACGUCGCCUCUGAGAGCAACUUCACAGCAACAGCCGCGACCUUCAGGAACGAUUCCUGUAAGGAGACGUCCACAGUUUACAGUCUGACGGACACUCCAGGACGAUUCUUUCACCAUUUUGCGAGGUUUGCAGCUGAUGUCGAUUCCUUCGUGGUUCAUACUGACUAUGAGGAGUACGCUGUGAUGCUUCAGCUGAGCACAGAGAAACCAUCAGAAACUAAAACCACCAAGAUCAAGCUUUACAGUCGAUCCACAGACAUCAGUCCUGCUGCACUCAAACUCUUUCAAUCACUGGUCAGACAACACGGGAUGAGUAACGAUGCUGUCAUCAAGAAUCACUCCAAAGGUGAGUGUGUUCCAGGUGGACAGGCGACAGAGGCCAAAAAUGUGACGUCCGCUGGUGUCUGA